AUGCCGAAGGACCCGAGAGAAGGAAAAAAAGAUCCGCCGCCGCAGUCAAGUUGCGCUGCCUGUCAGUCCAUGCACAACAGUCGCAUGGUCGCAUGUGACGAGUGUGAUACUUGGUACCACUACGAAUGCGUGGGUGUGUCACAAGACGUGGAGGAAAUAGACUGGAGCUCACAACAGAGUUACGACCCACAAGAUCCACUCGCAAACAGUGCGGUGGCCCCCGAUGCACAUGAGGGAACUUCCCAGGAGCAGACGUCGAACGCGAUUAGAGAAUCAUCCGGUAGUGAUAAUCUCACCCUGGCGCAGGAAAUGAAGCUGAAGUUUCUUGAGGAGGAGCACGCUCUCGAAAUGAAGUAUAUGGCGAGACGGCGCCAGAUCCUGAUGGAAACCAACGCAAGUUGUUUUCCUGAAGGUGAAAUAAACUCACCUGGGCGUCCUCAUUACCAUUCGUCUCCGCACACACCGCUCCGUCCUGACGCGCAGGAAUUCCAUCCGCGGCCUAGCCAGCAGGCCAUUGAUUUAGAGCAGAGCGGUUUUUAUCAAACGCUGUUAAACAGGAGCCAAAUAGCAGCGAGGCAAGCUGUUUCCAGGGAACUACCCUAUUUCGAUGGGGACCCCGAAGAGUGGCCGCUAUUUUUUGCCACAUUCGAAAGUACCACUAGGAUGUGCGGGUACACCCCCGAAGAGAAUGCGGUCAGGCUACAGAAGUGCCUGCGUGGGAAAGCGAAGGAUUCUGUACGAAGUCAGCUGCUGUACCCUGGGAACGUGAACAGUGUCAUCGCCACCCUCAAAAUACUUUUCGGACGUCCGGAGAUUGUGAUUCAUUCUCUCAUUCGGAAGAUCCAAGCGCUGCCAGCCCCGAAGGUGGACAAACUAGGAUCAUUGAUCGACUUUGCCGUGGCGGUCCGGAACAUGGUGGCAACCGUACAAGCUUGCGAACUCGACGAUUAUCUGUACAACGUGUCGCUGUUGCAGGAGCUAGUCGAUCGUUUACCACCGAUGAUAAAACUCAAUUGUGCCAUGCAUCGCCAGGUUGCCAAUACUCGUGUUACCCUGAGUUCAUUCAGUGACUGGUUGUAUUCCGUGGCGGAAGCUGCAAGCUCCGUGAGUAUUCCAUCCACUUCUUCAGCUGAUCACAAGCAACAUCGUGGCAAGAAAGACGACGGGUACUUAAACGCACACCGUGAACAAUCUCCACCACCGGAAAGGAAGUCCGCUGUUGAUUCCUGUCCCAACGCUUGCUGUGUGUGUGAGGGGUCGUGUAACAAAGUGGAAAAGUGCAAUAAGUUCCUCGGAUUGGACCACGCUGGACGUUGGUCGAUGUUGAGAGACCGUAAACUCUGUCGACGCUGUUUAAACAAUCAUCGUGGUGCUUGCAGAUCCUCAUCAGCUUGUGGAGUUAAUGGAUGCUCGUUCAAGCACCAUCGCCUGCUGCAUAAUCCCUUGGCUAAACCCCCAACCAAUACAUCCGGUCCCGAAUAUUCAUCCGUUGCAUCUACUCCGAAGCCACCAAAUCCUCUAACCUCUCCCAAGUCGACCGAGGAACAGAAUAUUCCGGAAGCUGGGUCAUCUCGUGGGCACAAUUGCCAUACUCACCGUAGCAGUUGUAAAUCUGUGCUGUUUCGAUAUGUGCCCGUUGUCUUAUACGGCCAAGGAACCAAGGUGCACACACAUGCCUUUUUGGAUGAUAGGUCUUCCCUGACUCUGCUGGAGGAUGACUUGGCAAACGAGUUAAACCUCGAAGGAAGUCCUCAUCCAAUCUGCCUUCAGUGGACGGGUGACACAUGUCGUUAUGAAGAUUCAUCCCGUCGGGUUUCGAUCAUGAUAUCCAGUAUUCUAAACAAGGAAGCAAAGUUUGCUCUAUCAGAUGUGCACACCGUUAAGCAGUUGAAGCUUCCAUCGCAAACUCUCGCUUUCGACGAAUUAUCGGAAAAGUAUCGCUACCUAAAGGGGCUCCCCGUUGAUUCUUACCAAAACGUACGACCAAGAAUUCUCAUUGGGAUCAACAACUGGCGUGUUGGUCACGUACUCGAAAGCAAAGAGGGAGAAGAAGCGGAACCCAUCGCAGCGAAGACACGCUUGGGCUGGAUGGUAUUCGGAACGUGUUCUAGUGGUCGUUAUCCGGUUUCAGUACAUUACAGCUACCACAUAAAUUGUGGCUCCUCUAAAACUGAUGAAGACUUGCACAAAUCUGUAAAGGAGUUCUUUUCUUUGGAUAGUUUGGGGAUCAUCAAGUCCGAAAAACCAAUAAUCAGCCGUGACGACGAGCGUGCUUUAUACAUGAUGCGUUCGUUAACCACGCUAGAAGAAGACCGCUACCGGACGGGCAUGCUAUGGAAGUAUGACGACGUGAGGAUGCCGAACAGUAAGAGCAUGGCGAUGAAACGACUUCUUUGCUUAGAGCGGAGGAUGGCACGGGAGCCAGAGCUAGCUAAGGCGCUCCGUCAUAAGAUGAACGACUAUGUGGAAAAGGGAUAUGCUCGAAAGUUGACCCUUGAAGAACUGGAGCAGCCACGCGAUCGGAUUUGGUAUUUACCGGUCUUUCCGGUGUUCAACCCGAACAAGCCCGGCAAGUUGCGGAUAGUUUGGGACGCAGCAGCAGAGGUAAACGGUGUAUCGCUGAAUGCGUUUCUUCUUAAAGGUCCCGAUCAGUUGACCGAGCUCCCAUCAGUAUUGUAUAAGUUUCGCGAGCACCUGGUGGCAAUUGGUGGGUACAUCCGAGAGAUGUUCCACCAGGUGCAGAUGAUUGAAGACGAUCAACAUUGUCUCUGGCGCACCGAGGAUGCGCAAGAUGAGCCUGAUGUUUACGUUCUAGCCGUGAUGUCGUUCGGAGCCACAUGUUCUCCAAGCUGUGCUCAGUUCGUUAAGAACGAGAAUGCCGAGAGGUUUCGAUCGCAGUUCCCAGCAGCAGUUGAUGUUAUCCAGAAAGCCCACUACGUGGAUGACAUGCUUACCAGCGUAGAGACGGAAGAUGACGCAAUCGAACUGGCCCAACAAGUGAAACAAAUUCACUCUCAUGCGGGUUUCGAAAUGCGAAACUGGGUUUCUAACUCCCGCAAAGUACUCAAAGCCAUGGGCGAAGAGCAAGUUUCGGAGAAAUCCAUGGAUAUUGCCUCUGAGUUGGCCAACGAAAAGGUCUUGGGUAUGUGGUGGUCACCGAGCUCAGAUACUUUCACAUACAAAAUGUUUACACAACGCAAUGAGAAAAUUCUUCUGGAAGGAAAGCGUCCAACGAAGCGUGAAUUGCUGCGGACCAUGAUGUCAAUUUAUGAUCCCCUGGGAAUGAUUGCACAUUACCUAAUGUUCGUGAAAGUACUCCUUCAGGACGUGUGGAGAUCAGGCGUGUCCUGGGACGAGUGUAUAGCGGAUCGAGAAUGGGAAAAGUGGCAAACUUGGCUGCGCUUACUUCCGAACCUGGAAUCGUUGCAGAUCCCACGCUGCUAUCGGCUGUCUCUCUCAAUUGGUCUUUGCACCAACAUCCAACUCCACACUUUCGUAGAUUCCAGUGAAGAAGGCUACGCUGCAGUGUGCUACUUCCGGUUCGAGGAACGCGGUCAAGUGGAAUGUGUUGGAGCAAAAAGUCGAGUCGCUCCUCUUAAAUUUACCUCCAUUCCGCGUCUCGAGCUCCAGGCAGCUGUUGUUGUUUCUCGAUUGGCGAGCAAUAUCCAACAAGGUCACACGUAUAAUAUCAACAAACGCUAUUUUUGGACGGAUGCUCGCGAUGUCCUAUGCUGGCUCUCGGUAAACCUGCAGGAAAAUUUUAAUUAUCCGUGA